UGGUUUCCUGAAAGAAGACAAUGUGAAGGGAUGGAGUCAGCACCGAGUGAUUUGACGGAGCUAGGCGAUCUGUCAAAUGACAGGAUUCUAGAAGUGGUCAAGAAAAGAUACGAAAAGAACGAAAUAUAUACGAGCGGCGGCGGCCAUGAUAUUCUCCUGUCAGUGAACCCGUUCAAAGACCUGCCAAUAUACACAAACGAGUAUCACAAGAAGUACGACUGGAAGACUCUGACUUCUAAAGAUGAUCCACACAUUUUCGCCAUCACUACAAAAGCUUAUAAACGACUGCGGGAGACGGAGAAAAAUCAAGUGGUGUUGGUCACUGGAGAGUCAGGAUCGGGAAAAACAGAGAACACGAAGCUGAUGGUGAAACACCUGAUAUCGAUAUGUGGCAGCAAUUCACCUGACUUGGCCAGAGAAAUCAUUGAGGUUAACCCCUUGCUGGAGGCGUUCGGAAACGCCAAGACUGUCCACAACGACAACUCCAGCAGAUUCGCCAAGUACCUGGAGAUCGGCUUUGACGACAAGUUUCAAAUUACUGAUGCCACCAUCAGAGACUACAUGCUUGAGAAGUCGAGAGUGGUGUCGCAUUCAGAGGGCGAGGCAAAUUUCCACGUCUUUUACUCAUUUCUCGCUGGCCUGGACGAGAACGAAAAGAAAGACUUCAAACUGGAUUCAGCCAAUUUCGGAAUUGCACCUAAGCCAUAUCCCAAGAGGAAGGAAGAACUUGUCCGGGAUUUCAAACAGCAACUACAGGUCAUGCAGAUGAUAGGCUUGUCAGAAGAGGAAAUAGGCAACGUGAAGGCAAUACUGGCAUCCAUUCUACACAUUACCAACAUCAAGUUCAACACGGCCAAGAACAAUGCAGUGGAAGUGAAAGAUGAAUUUCCCAUGAUUUACGGUAGAUAUUUGUAUAUGACUAUGGAAAGAAAUAAUGGAUCACACCAACACUAAGAGGAGAGAGUGACUGCAACCAAAACCCUCAUCCAUAGUGUUAGGACGUUAACUGUGUUAAUGACACUCAGUCUCGCAUUAGA